ACUAAUGGUAAGUUGGCAACACGCGGGCACAAGCUUUUACAGCCAAGCUGUAACUGGCUGAGCCAUUCUAAGAUGAUUUCAGAGGCAAACUCCAGAUUGUUUCCGUUUCAAUGCAAUUGCUGCUAUAUUCACAAUCUGUCAAACAGGAUUGGCAACCCUUUAAAGCGCCCACGUAAAAUAAAAAUUUCCAUGUCAGGAACAGCAUUCAAAGAUUUACAGGGCCAUACAUACAUGCUGGAAAAGUAACUACAGUAGCAUGGUACAUAAGUUAUAGCGCAUCUCAGGCUCACAUCACCUAUUCCUCUUGUUGUUUGUUGGAUACAACGACCAUGAAGGAAGAAGAAACCAACAAGAAGAAGAUGCCUGCAAAGAAGAGAUCCAUGUCUGGAAAAGGGAAGAGGCGAAGCGCCAGGUUGCUCAAGCUCGAGGAGCAGAAGAAUGAUGACAAGGAUGGUGGCUGCAUCCUAGAUCCCUGGCACAUCAUCCGGAAUAGCUUCUCCUGCGCCGCGCAAGGGAAGAGAAAAAGGAAUGACGAAGUCCAGAAGUUGCAGGGAGAAGCUUCGUGUGGCCAAGAGAUCGAUGCGGCAUAUACCGAUAACAUAUCAGGCAAGGGCGCGACGUCGGAGCAGAUCAUCAACUACAUUCUCAACAUGCUGGAGCUGAGAGACGGACUCGAGUUGUUCGCGAUGCCGGAUGACAUCCAGGUGGGUGAUUGCGCGGAACGGGUAGAGAGGCCCGGCGAUUUUGCGACGUUAAGGCAGAAGAACACAGAUGGCACGUACAAGACACUGGAGCAAUUCGAGAAGGAUGUGUACAUGGUGUUCCAGAAAGCAAUGUCCAUAAACAGCCAGGACACCAUACCUUACAAAGAGGCCGUGGCGUUGCUGGAUCAAGCCAAGCAGGUUUUCCUGUCCCUCAAGAAGAACCGGAUGUACUCCGAGUCGGACCUCCUGGCGUGGCGUCACAAGCAACUCGACGCUGGGCCCAGCAAGGCAGCGAGAGAUCAACAAGGCGGCGAUGCUGCCGUUACACCUGCACAGCAGCGGCACAGCAUCACGCCGCUGAAGAAGAAGGCCGCCGGCGUCGGCGUCGGCGAGAAGAAACACCGGAUCGGCAAGGGAGGAGUCAGAAGCACGCCAUCGCCGGUAAAGAGAGCAAGAAAAGGGUUCGCAGCAGCGACAACGGAACCUGGUGGCGCCAGGGAGCUCAAAAGGAGGCUCACUUACAACGAUGGCGCUGGUCGGGCAACGCCGGUGACGCCGCCGCCGCCUGCCUUCCGAGAUGGGCAAGCUACCGUUGUUUAUCAACAUCUGCAGGUGCAGGGGGGGCACACGUACCAGGAAAGCCUCCGGCGCUUCGUGCGGGACGCAGGGCUCAAGGCAAGGCUGGCCACCGAGUUCAAGAUCCUCGAAUGUGACACUCGGGGCAGGCACAACCCCUCGCCGGCGUCCUACUGGAACGGUUUCGCCCCCAACGCCGGCACCUACUACCCCUCAAGUGCCGCGACGUCACCGGCGGCCGGUGGCGAGCGGCCUUUUCCGGAUUGCAAGCCGGGGACGGACGACCUGCUCAGCCUCGUGAUGCUGAUGGGCACGCCCGCCUUCUUGGAGAGAGCCAAGCACAUGUUUGGUUACACGGCCUCUGAGGACAGCUCCAAGGUGACCAAAGCUGCCAAGGACGCAAAGGUCACCAUCACAGAAGCGCCGCAGACAAGUGACGCAGGCGACCCCGCUGCCACUUUCGGACCAUUCGCUCCGCCCAAGUUGCCCCUCAGCCGGCUGGGCUUCAGCCAGUUCGCCGCCUCUUCUGCCCAGCCGUUCACAGUGAAGUCGAAAUCUCCUGGAGAGAAGAGACGAGAAUGA